AUUGAGCUGAUGCUUUCAUACUUGCAGGUCCUCAAACGCACAACUUACAAAGGCUGGCGAACCAAAGUGAUUGACAUUGUUUACCCGACACAACAUGAUUCCAAGGGACUGGUUCCGGCUCUGGAUCGAAUAUGUAGUGAAGCUUGUGCUGCUGCGCUGGAUGGUUAUCAAGUAAUUGUCCUGUCGGAUCGGAGAGUCUGUCGACAGUUGGUCGCAAUCAGCCCGCUUCUUGCCCUCGGUGCUGUUCAUCAGUGCUUGCUGAAACAGCAGUUGCGUAUGAAGGUAGCAUUUAGUAUGAUUAUUUAUGGCUGA